ACUAUCAAUUGUAUUCCACAAUGAAAACAAACCACUUGAAAAACAAACACACACAAACACAAUGAAACAUUUUCUAAGUUCCGACCAUGAUCUCUUAAUCCCCCAGCACAACUAAAUCACACACACACACACACAUAAAUACACACACAAUGAUGUCAUCAUCGUCCGGCAACAACUACCACCACAACCACCACCACAACACCGCCGGUCAACAACAACAAUCACAACAAACUGGUUUGAAAACAUACUUUAAAACACCAGAAGGCAGAUAUAAACUUAAAUAUGAGAAAUCACAUCCACCUGGUUUCCUUCAUUACAACCAUGGCAAAUCUGUUACUCAGGUGACUCUUGCAUGUCUGAAGGAUAAACCGUCAACAUCUUUGCCAUCAUCAUCUUCAAGUCUAGGUGUUGGCAGCGGGGUGAGAUCAGCAGCUGCGAAGUUUUUAGGAGGAAAUGGGGGUAAGACACUUGGUUUUGUUGGCGGGAAUGGUGGAAGCAAGGGAUCCAGUGGGACGAGUAAAGUCGGGUUAUCGAAUACUUCAAUUAGUAAUAGUUAUGCUAAUACUACGAACUUUGAUGCGAAGGGGACUUAUAUGGUGUUCAAUGUUGGUGAUGCUAUCUUUAUUAGUGAUUUGAGUUCACAAGAUAAGGAUCCUAUAAAGUCUAUACAUUUUAGUACUUCAAAUCCCAUUUCCCAUGCUUUUGAUCCGGAUGCCAGAGAUGGACAUGAUUUGCUCAUUGGGUUGGCUUGUGGAGAUGUUUAUUCAGUCUCGUUAAGACUGCAACUACAAGAUAUUGGAAAAAAACUUGUUGGAGCCCAGCAUUAUAACAAAGACGGUUGUGUAAAUAGCAGUCGGUGUACAAGUAUUGCAUGGGUUCCUAAUAGCGAUGGUUCUUUUGUGGUUGCACAUGCAGAUGGAAAUAUGUAUGUAUAUGAAAAGAGCAAAGAUGGUUCAGGUGAUCCUUCAUUCUCUGUUAUCAAGGAUCCAAAUCAAUUUUCGGUUUCACAUGCACGCCAUAGUAAGAAUCCAAUUGCUCGGUGGCAUAUAUGUCAAGGUUCAAUAAACAGCAUUGCAUUCUCAACUGACGGGUCAAAUAUUGCAACUGUAGGAAGAGAUGGUUAUCUUCGAGUCUUUGACUUUAAAACGGAACAGCUUAUAUGUGGAGGAAAAAGCUAUUAUGGUGCUCUUUUAUGUUGCUCUUGGAGCAUGGAUGGAAAAUACAUAUUGACUGGAGGUGAAGAUGACCUAGUCCAGGUUUGGAGUAUGGAAGAACGCAAGAUUGUUGCAUGGGGUGAAGGGCAUAGCUCAUGGGUUAGUGGAGUUGCGUUUGACUCGUAUUGGUCAUCUCCAAAUACUGAUGGCACUGAUGAAAGUGUCAUAUAUCGAUUUGGUUCUGUUGGCCAGGACACACAGUUGUUAUUAUGGGAUCUUGAAAUGAAUGAGAUUGUGGUGCCAUUGCGUCGGGCUGCAGGUGGGUCCCCAACAUUCAGUAGUGGAAACCAUUCGGCUCAUUGGGACAACGGUAGCGCAGUUGGUGGUUUGCAACCUGCACCAAGCAUGCGAGACGUGCCAAUGAUCUCCCCAUUGGUCGUUCAUCGUGCCGAGACAGAACCUCUUUCUGGUUUGAUAUUCACUCAGGAAUCUAUCCUUACUGUGUGUCGAGAAGGGCAUAUCAAGGUCUGGGCUAGACCAACAUCUGAAACUCAACCUGGUACCUCAGAUUCGGUUUCCGAAAAGCCUCCAAGAGUCGGCAUUGGUGGUAGCAACAACAGGCAAUGAUUUUAUGCUUAUUUUUAUUGGGAGCGUAGAGGUUUAGAUGGGUUUUUGAGCGCUCCGAUUUUUGGUUAUGGUGAGUUUGUGAAAGCAAAUAGGUGUUUUGUGCAGAUGAUAGACUAACCAACAACAGGUGAUGCACUGAUGCCCAUUGCGGAUGGGGGUUAAAAAGUGGAUACUUUACCUUGUAAGUAAGAAAGCGAUAUGGAAUAACUAACCUUAAUAAUUCAAGUUUCUCCUUUCAUGUUUCUAAAUUGUUUACUAAUCUAAUAUAAUUUCCAUGUUUCAUGGCAUUAUGCUAUUGAGAUUCUAAACACUUAAUACUAUUUCUAUAUCUCAUCAGAAUUGUUGGUAAGGAAAUUAAAAUAUAUUGGUUUCA